AAUCAGUGGGAUGCAUGCUUGCAUUUUCAGGUUUGUCAAAUCUGGUCACAUCUUGUCUGCAAAACGCGUCGGCUUUGGCUGUAUUAUUUGGUAAAAUUGUGUGAAAAAAGAAAAACAAUAAGAAACAAUUACAAAUCGUUAUUGCAAUCAGCUUAAUUCCUGCCCCGUCAAGAUGGUUAAGCUAACGCCGGAGUUAAUAAACCAGUCCAUGCAAUACAUUAAUCCAUGCCGUGAGCGUGAACUAGAUUUGCGCGGCUACAAGAUUCCACAAAUCGAAAAUUUGGGUGCUACUCUAGACCAGUUUGACACAAUUGAUUUGUCGGACAACGAUUUGCGUAAACUAGACAAUCUGCCACAUUUACCGCGGCUCAAGUGCCUGCUGCUAAACAACAAUCGCAUCUUGCGCAUCAGUGAUGGCCUCGAAGAAGUCGCGCCGAAUCUUAACUCCCUCAUACUGACUGGAAACAAUUUGCAGGAACUAAGCGAUUUGGAGCCACUGACAGGAUUCAAAAAGCUCGAGACGAUAUGUCUCCUAAUCAAUCCGGUGUCGACGAAACCUAAUUACCGCGAGUAUAUGGCAUUUAAGUUUCCACAGUUGCGUUUGCUAGAUUUCCGAAAGAUCAAGCAAAAAGAUCGACAGGCGGCACAGGAAUUUUUCCGGUCUAAACAGGGCAAGGAAAUGCUUAAAGAGGUGUCAAAGAAAUCUAAAUUAAGCGCCGCUGCGGCCCUCGCAGCAGAGGCAGCGAAUGGCAAAGGAGGGACAGAAGGCGGCAGCCGGUUUGCCAAUCCCGAGGAUAUGCAGCGGAUACGCGAGGCAAUUAAACGCGCCAGUUCGUUGGCGGAAGUGGAACGUUUGUCACAGAUCCUGCAGAGCGGCCAACUGCCCAGUAAAUUUCAACAUGAACUAGCUCAAAAUGGACAUGGCAAUGGAAAUGGCAACGGAGAUACCAACCCGCCGUCAGUGGCCAUGGAUUACUAGUAGUUUGGUCUCGCAGGUCAAAUUUAAACGUAGAACAAUAUGUUAAUAAAAAACAAACAAAAAGUCAA